AUGGGCGAGUAUAAGGAAAACAGAGGUAUAGACGAGUUAGCAACUUCGACUGAGAAGCAGCCGUUGGAGUUGUCUCAGCAGACGUUGGCAUUGUUGCAGCAGGAGCGCCAAUAUGUCGCGGGUGGAUUCGAGCCCGUUCCAGUCUUCUUUUCUCGGGCCAAAGGCUCAAAGCUAUGGGACGUUGACGGCAAAGAGUAUAUCGAUUUCAUUGCCAUGUUCAGCGCCGUGAACCAAGGACAUGGCCACCCUUAUAUCGUCGAGAAAGUCCGCGACCAAAUGGACCAGAGUGUGUUAAUCAACCUUGCCGGCCACAACGCCAUGUAUCCUCCCUUUGCCGAGAUGAUGUGCAAGAGAUUCGGGUACGACAAGAUUCUGUGUGCAACCUCGGGAACCGAAGCAGCAGACACAGCUUGCAAAAUUGCGCGCAAAUGGGGCAUACAGCGUAAGCGUAUUCAACCAGAGUCGUGCAAGAUCCUGGGAGUCGGAUCUUCAUACCACGGUCUCGGAUCAGGAGUAUGGGGAUUGAUGGAUCCCUCCCGAAAGCGAACCGAGUACGGCUUGGAUAGCAGACUUGUACUUAACUUCAAUCCGUCGACGGGGGCACCACUGAAAUACCUCGACCUCGAGGCCAUGCGUCUCUGCUUGCAAGAACAUCACGACACCGUGGCAGCCGUCAUUAUGGAGUGCCUGCACGGAACUGCGCGGACUCCAGAGGAGGAAUUUGCUUAUGCCAGGGGUGUCUACGACCUCUGCCGCCAAUACAACGUCCUCUUCAUCGCUGACGAGGUCCGGCAGGGUGCGGGAAAGACUGGGAAGUUCUUAUCCUUCUACCACAUGGGCGAGGACAUGAAGCCGGACAUAGUCACCAUGGGCAAAUCCAUUACUGGAGGAUUCUAUCCACAGUCUUACGUCUUAGGAAACGCAGAAGUGAUGUCGCUAGUCGGGACAUUCGAGAUCGGAUCAACCUAUGGUUUCACACCAUUGGCUAUUGCUGCAACCAGGGCGGCCAUCGAGGUCAUCGACAAUGAGAAUCUGAUGUCCAGGGCGGUGGAAUUGGGCAAGAAAUGGACAGCGAUUGUUGAGGGCUGGAAACAUCCAAAGGUCGACUAUCUUUUCAGUUUGGGGGCUGACUCCAACUUGUUUCUGCACGACCUUUCGGGGCUGCGUGUGGCCGCUCUUUGCAUGCACAAGGGUCUUUUCCUUCAUCCACGUCCAAACGGAUUGAGGAUAAGUUUUGCGAUGACUAUGACGGAUGCAGAGUUGGAGAAGGGAGCAGCGAUUCUGAAAGAGGUCCUGGAUCAAAUCGACAAUUUUGUGGAUAUUCCAGGAGAAAAAUUUGACUGUCGCGGACUGUCGGGGCUACAGGGCUGA